UAGUUAAGCUCAAAACACAAUAUAUUUCCGAAGAAAGGAGAAUAGUUGCUUAGUUACUUGACAAAUCUCUUCUAACAAUUGCUUGUACUUACAUUGUCAAGGAAAAACGGAGGAAGUUGAAAGGAAAAUACAUUUACACACAACGCAGCAAGGGAAAUUAUAUUCCGUAAAAGGUAGAUAUUUUACAAUCUGACAUUUAAUGCUUCAUUGAAAAGAAAAUGGCACCGAAUAUCUUGGGAAAUACACUCCUUGUCGCUGCCGAUGCACAAAUUGAAGCUGAAACAAAAUCCGUAAUUGCACAACGAUCGAAUGCCGCCAGUAGCAAAAGUAGCAGCAGCAGCAGCACCGCCACAAACAGUAAACAUGACACGUACAACGAAAUCAAUAACAAUCACAAACCGAAAAACAAUUCGUCUGAUUACCACAUGCAAAUUGUCUGGAUAAAUGUUGCUCUAAUGCUGUAUUUGCACGUCUCGGCGGUAUAUGGGCUGUAUCUUGUUUUCACAAAAGCCAAGUUAGCCACAAAUCUAUUUGCAUUUUUCCUGAUGAUUUUUUGUGGUCUCGGCAUCACCGCAGGGGCGCAUCGUUUGUGGUCACACAAAGCAUACAAGGCGGAAUGGCCUCUAAGACUCUUGCUGAUGAUUGCCCAAACAGCUGCUCAUCAAGAUUCCAUCUACGUAUGGUCACGUGAUCAUCGUGUGCAUCACAAGUACACCGACACGGAUGCCGAUCCGUAUAACGCGAAACGUGGUUUCUUCUUUUCGCACGUCGGCUGGCUCAUGGUGAAAAAGCAUCCGGAUGUCGUCGCGAAGGGAAAGUGCAUCGACAUGAGUGAUAUGGAAGCGGAUCCCAUCGUCAUGUUCCAGAAAAAGUUUUUUAUUCCUCUGAUGAUAAUAUUUUGCUUUUUCCUGCCCACAUACAUUCCGGUUUAUUUUUGGUCAGAAUCCGUAUCGACGGCAUUUUAUGUUUGCGCGAUUUUCCGCUAUGCCUUUGGACUGAAUGCAACGUGGUGCGUUAAUAGUGUGGCGCACAUAUGGGGCAUGAAACCGUACGAAAAGACAAUUUCGCCGUGCAACAAUGUCUAUGUCGCUACGUUCGGCUUGGGGGAGGGAUGGCACAAUUAUCAUCAUGUCUUCCCCUGGGACUAUAAAACAUCCGAGUUGGGUAAAUACAGUUCGAAUUGGACAACUGCCUUUAUAGAUUUCUUCGCUAAAAUAGGAUGGGCACACGAUUUAAAAACGGUUUCGGAUGAGAUGAUACGUAAACGUGUGCUGCGAACGGGCGACGGUUCCCAUGAAAAGUACGGCAACGACGUGGAUUUGACGCGAAACAUGCAUAAAUUCAUCGAGGAAUUCCAGCUCAAGGAAGAGGAUGGAUCCAUUUGGGGUUGGGACGAUAAAGAUAUAAAUUUACAAGACAAAUCUAACGCCAAAAUUUACUACAACAAUGCACAGGAACCGGCAAUAAAAGACAACAACAGCGCAACAUGAGAAUUCAGAGACUGGCGAGAGAAAAAAAAAAUUCGACAAACAAAAAAAAAAUGUAAAAUAUCUCUAGAAUAUUUUUUCUUUCUCUUUCCCAUUGGUUUGUAGUUGUAUUUAUUUAUUUAUUUUUUUUAUCUUUUUUGUUCACGAGGUAAUAGAAUAUAAUCGCAUUGCAUGUUAUGUUAAGUUAAGUUAUAU